GAUGUCGCAUGAGUCAAGAGAAAUUCCCGAUGCGCGCUUUUUAUCCCUCUUCUCCCCGCCUGACCUCCGAUUUAUUGAUUUCGUAGUUAGAAGCUGUGCCUCACAUCAGUUGCACUUUUCUGCUUUAUUUGUUUGGGGUCAAUUGCUCUUGAGCCACUUCUUCAACUUCCAUAUCGUUGGCUGGGGCGUUGCUCAUCAAGUAGACUCUCACAAAACUAAUUAACCGCGACAAUGGGCUCAGUCCCCUCUCUCGACAUCCCAGACCCUACUGCCGACCUCCAUUGGUCUGAUUUCAAGGGUCCAAUCCACGAAAUAUUUGCCUCAAAUGCUAGAAAACACCCCGCACGAGCAUGUGUCGUCGAGACAGCUACAAGCAGCACUCCAGAGCGGAGGUUCACAUAUAGGCAGAUCUUCGAGGCCACCUCGAUUCUGGCACACCACUUCGUGCAACAUGGAGUCCAAAGAGGGGAGGUGGUCAUGAUCUUCGCGCAUCGGGGCGUGGAUUUGGUGGUGGCCAUCAUGGCUGUACUUGCUGCUGGAGCUACAUUCUCGGUCCUAGAUCCACUAUACCCUCCAGACAGACAGUGCAUCUAUCUAGAAGUAUCACAACCACGGGCGCUCGUCGUAAUCGACAAGACUACUCAGGAAGCAGGUCCCCUUUCGGACCAAGUUCGUGCAUACGUAGCAGAAAAUCUGAACCUAAGAGCCGAAGUGCCGGCCUUGCAACUGAAGGACGAUGGCUCGCUUGUGGGGGGCCCCAAAGACGGCAAGGACUGCCUAGACGACCAGCAAAAACUUAAGACAGACUUGCCAGGCGUUUUGGUAGGACCAGACUCUACUCCAACUCUGUCCUUCACGUCCGGAUCGGAAGGGAGGCCAAAGGGCGUCAAAGGCCGGCACUUCUCGUUGACACACUACUUUCCUUGGAUGUCAGAAACUUUUGGACUCUCAGAAAAUGAUAAGUUCACCAUGUUGUCUGGAAUUGCUCACGACCCUAUCCAGCGCGAUAUUUUCACACCUCUGUUCCUCGGUGCCCAAUUACUGGUCCCGAGCAAGGAGGAUAUCCAGCAUGAGAAAUUGGCGGAGUGGAUGCGCAAAUACGGCGCAACAGUGACUCAUCUUACCCCAGCUAUGGGUCAGAUCCUGGUCGGAGGUGCUUCGGCAAUUUUCCCUGCCCUGCAUCACUCCUUCUUCGUUGGUGACCUGUUGAUUAAACGAGACUGCAGAAGGCUGCAAGAUCUUGCGCCUAACGUUCGCAUCGUAAACAUGUACGGCACCACAGAGACGCAGAGAGCAGUGAGCUACUACGAAGUGCCAAGUCGGAGUGAAGCCCCAGAAUUUCUCGAUGGCCUUGGAGAAGUGAUCCCUGCAGGCCGAGGAAUGAAGAACGUCCAGCUACUUGUUGUAGAUCGCGAGGAUCGGAACAAGGUCUGCGCACCUGGACAGAGCGGUGAAAUAUACGUCCGCGCCGGCGGCCUUGCAGAAGAAUACUUGGGACUGCCUGAUCUCACAGCUACCAAGUUCGUUGAGAAUUGGUUCGUUGACCCACAGAGGUGGGUAGAAGAAGACAAAAAGAGAGUGGAGAGCCAAACAGAGCCCGAACCGUGGCGGCAGUUCUGGAAAGGACCACGAGACCGGUUGUAUCGAUCUGGUGAUCUAGGCCACUAUGGACCAGAUGGAAAUGUACACUGCACGGGACGAGUUGAUUCGCAAGUCAAGAUUCGAGGAUUCCGUAUCGAACUUGGCGAAAUCGACUCUCAUCUCGCUGCUCAUCCCCUAGUUCGCGAGAAUGUCACCUUGCUGAAACGUGACGCAUACGAAGAACCGACUCUCGUCAGCUACAUUGUUCCAGAAAUGAAGCGAUGGUACCAGUGGCUCGAAGAGAGGGGCGCGAAAGAUAACCCCACAGACACGAGCAUGGUCGGCAUGCUCAAGCGCUUUAAAUACCUCCGAGACGAUGUGCGAGAGCAUCUUAAAAAAAAACUCCCGGCGUACGCAGUGCCCUCUGUGCUCGUCCCACUCAGUCGAUUCCCCCUAAACCCUAACGGUAAAGUCGAUCGUCCGGCCUUGCCCUUCCCAGAACCCCAGCAACUAGCAGCAGCAGGCGCGAGGCGACCAUCCCAGCUUGGUAAAGCUCUAACGCCCACAGAAAAGCAUGUAGCGGAGAUCUGGGCAGGCCUACUUCACAGCGUCGCUGCUGAUAGUAUUAGCGGUUCUGAUUCUUUCUUCGAUCUUGGAGGCCAUAGCAUCAUUGCACAGCAACUACUUCUCAAGAUCCGGCAACAAUGGAAAGACGUCGAUGUCCCUAUGAACACCAUUUUCCAGCAUCCCACCCUGCGCGGCUUCUCCGCCAGUAUCGACCAGGCCCUAGAUCCUAUCGGUCUUCGUCUAGAUACCGGAGAAGCCAUCGAGGACGAUGUCGAGGAUGAAGAUUACUCCGCUGAUGCCCGUGAUCUCGCGAAACAAUUGCGUGACUUCAAGACCAAAGAGCUACUGAAUCCCGGACAAGAAGUACAUACUUUCCUAACCGGUGCUACGGGUUUCCUUGGCGCAUACAUCCUCCGAGAUCUUUUGUCACGACCCGGGAAAGUCACCGUUCUGGUCCGGGCAAAAGACGCAGACGCCGCUCUUGGUCGCAUCAGGGAAACAUGCCAAGCUUAUGGUAUCUGGGUCGACAGCUGGACGUCUCGACUCGAAUGCGUGGUCGGCGAUCUUGAGAAACCUAAUUUUGGCCAGCCACCCGAGACCUGGAAUCGCCUUGCUGAUGAAGUCGAUGUCGUGAUCCACAACGGAGCGUUAGUUCACUGGGUCCUGCCCUACUCGCGUCUCCGCGCACCGAAUGUACUUAGCACGAUGACUGCGCUUGCGCUUUGUGCAGUAGGUAGAGCGAAGAAUUUUGGUCUUGUGAGCUCGACGUCUGUGCUGGAUUCUGAGCACUAUGUCAAGCUGUCUGAUAAGAGUCUGGCUGAAGGUGGAAACGGUGUCCUUGAAGCGGAUGACCUGGAAGGGUCACGCAAGGGUUUAGGAACGGGCUAUGGACAGAGCAAAUGGGCGGCGGAGUACUUGGCAAGGCAAGCCGGGAAGAAGGGGUUGAGGGGUGUUGUAGUGCGGCCAGGAUAUGUAACCGGCGAUCCUGUGUCUGGAACAACAAACACUGACGACUUCCUGAUCCGCUUGCUAAAAGGCUGCGUCCAACUCCACUCUCGACCUGCCGUCACAAACACCAUAAACAUGGUCCCCGUAACCCACGUCUCUCGCAUUGUCGUCGCCUCCACUUUCUCCCCACCCACAUCCCCCCUCGGCGUCGCGCAAAUCACAUCCCAUCCCCGCAUAACCAUGAAUGCUUUCACGGGCGCUCUCGAGAAAUUUGGCUACAACGUCCCGCAAGUCACUUACGACGUCUGGCGCAAGAACAUGGAGUUAUACGUCGCGGGUCAAGGCGAAUUCGCAGACGCGAAGGAUGAACACGCGCUCUUGCCGUUGUAUCAUUUCGUCACAGGCGAUCUUCCUGCCGAUACGAGAGCACCGGAACUAGAUGAUAGGAACGCGGCGCAGGCGCUGAAGAGCGAUGCAAUUUGGACGGGCGAGGAUUUGAGUAAGGGCGCGGCUGUGAUGGAAGAUACUGUUGGUGUGUAUGUGGCGUAUUUGAUCGAGCUAGGGUUUAUGCCAAAGCCGGAGAAGAGCGGAGAGAAGGUGCUGCCGAGGUUGGAAAUUGGUGACGUUGUGAGAGAGGGAAUGAAGAGGGUUGGUGGGAGGAGGGGUGUUGCUUAGGUCGUAGGGCUGAGGCAUGAGUUCUUAGUUUUCGUAUUCUAGUUGGGGUGUGAUAGAAAAAAAGUGAUACG